AUGCCUUUGGGAGGAGGAAAUAAGUGUGGCUGCUGCCAGAAGACUGUGUACUUUGCUGAGGAAGUGCAGUGCGAAGGGAAAUAUUUCCACAAGUCCUGCUUUCUGUGCAGUAAGUGAUCUGAUUGAGGUCAUCCCGUUCUUUCAUAAACCACCUUGACUGACUACUAAUGUACCAAUUAUUCUGAGCUGACAUUAAGAGCUCAGGAUGGAAUGUAAAGUAUUUGGCACUCAGGGGAAGCGGAGCAUCCAAAGGUUCUUGGUUCUCACUAGCACGUCCUUAUUUGGAGAGAGAGAAAUGGAUGUGUCACAGGCCUUAUAUGGGAGAAAAGGUACCAGAGAGUGAUCUGGCUCAGAUGAGUGUUUGUUAGUUUGAGUUAACUGUGCGCAUCUCUCGGCCCCAGAGUCAGUUUAACAUUUGAAGUUCUAACACUGUGGUGAUCCCAUAAUGUCAUUGCAAUGAUUCAGACUCUAAAGAGUCAAAUGUCUGAAACUACAUGGUCUGUUGCUGAUAAACAUAACACAAAAUGACCUCAGAUUGGAAGACUGUUAGUAUUGGUGUGUAGCUUCUAAACUCCUUUGCUGCUGCUGCUAUGGCACAGCAUUGACCAAUCAGUUCAAUGCUUCUAAAUCUGUCUAUUGUCUACCUCUCCCUGCCUAAAAUAUUCUGCUCUUAGUGGCAUGUAAGAAGAACCUGGACAGCACAACGGUGGCCUGCCAUGUGGAUGAGAUCUACUGCAAAUCCUGCUACGGCAAGAAGUAUGGGCCAAAAGGCUAUGGAUUUGGUGGGGGAGCAGGCACCCUGAGCAUGGACACGGGGGCACAUCUUGGAAUCAGACCUGAAGAGUAAGGAAGUCAUCUCAGAAUUGUUUGUACUCUCCAUACAAAUAGGUCUACCAGGGCUAUUUCCACAGCACUGCUGAUAUUCAUCAUUCCCUUCUAAUAAGUGACUUAUUAGGACCUGGGACACGAUUACAUUAAUUAAUCAAUCGAUUAGGGAUAAAGGAAAACCUGCAGACCUUGAGGCCUGAAUUGAAAGUUGCUCUAAAUAGUUUAAUCAUAACAAAUCUAACCACUGUAAGUUUGCACACAGUGAGCUGUGUAGUGUUAAUGUCAUGACAUAUCCGGGCAAAUGCUUCCUCAAAGUAAGACCGUCUGUUUGUUCAUCAACAGGCCUGCAGCCCACCGCCCCACCAACAACCCCAACGCCUCCAAGUUGGCCACCAAGUUUGGCAGCUCAGACGUGUGCCCACGCUGUGCCAAGGCUGUGUAUUCUGCUGAGAAGGUGCUCGGAGGUGGAAACGUAAGUCAGAGUUUUGGGCUGAUCCUGUUUAUUGGAAGGGGAGAGCUACAUUAUGGUUAAUCUCAAAACCCUGCUUCUCCUAAACAUCAUGGGGGCAGUUUCCCGGACACAGAUUAGGCCUAGUCCUGGACUAAAAAGCAUUCUCCAUUGAGCUUGCUGUCUGGUCCAGGACUAUGUUUAAUCUAUGUCCGGGAAACAACCCAUAUAUUUAACAGUACUACAUGGCCAUACUGUGUCAUUGGUUGCUGUGGAGGUGCUGUCAACUGAAAUGCAUGAUGGGGGAUAUCUAAUCUGUGUUCAAAUACUCUAAUGGGAAGGUGGAAUACCAGUUAUUGUUGACACACUGCAUCUGUGCAGCCCAGUGCUGAGACCAACCUUUCUCCUUAUCUGUCUUUUCCAGUCCUGGCACAAGAGCUGCUUCCGCUGUAGCAAAUGUGGGAAGGGGCUGGAAUCAACCACUGUGGCUGACAAAGAUGGAGAAAUCUACUGUAAAGGUGUGUAUACUCUAUUCCUGAUCUUCUACUGUGACUUGUUUUAGUGCUCUUCAUAAACAAAUGUGUAGAUAACUCAUGGAUUGCCUCAAAACAGAAUUUAAAUAAACUAGAGAAAAUGCUAAUACUGUAGUAUCUGUUAUCAAUUUAUCUCCUGUUGUGUGUAAAUACAUUAUUAUAUAAAGUAUACUACCUUUUCAUCCACAGCAUGUUAUGCCAAGAACUUUGGUCCCAAGGGCUUCGGGUUCGGCCAGGGGGCAGGAGCUCUGGCACAUGCUCAGUAG